GGCAAUACAAAGGACUUUGCUACAUACAUAAUCCGUUAAGGUGAUUUAAAAUGACAGGAUAUUUGCGAGUCGUUUUUACGUUGUACCUUGUCUGUUGUGUUGCGACACAGGAAUGCUCUAAAUAUCAUUAUGAGGAGCAAAUUUUAUCAAAGGUAGUCCGACUGGAACACAGACUAGAAAUGCUGGAGGAAAAAACCAACAAUGAAGAAAAAGACUGCCCGAAUUGCCCAGAUGGAUGGAUUAAAAAUAAAGGAUCAUGUUACCUCUUCGUGGAGAACAAACUUUCAUUUCAUGCCGCACAAGCAAAGUGUCGAAUUCUUCAUGGUCAUUUGGUACAUAUAGAAAACGAGACUGAAAAUGACUUUCUUAAAAAUCAUCUUCGUACCUUGAAAGAUUCUCGCUUUUGGAUCGGACUAACAGAUUCUGAAACAGAAGGCGUCUUUAAAUGGAUUGACGACAGCUCCACGGCGUCAUUUACAAACUGGAUUCCCGGACAUCCUGAUAAUAUUGGGAAAGGAGAAGACUGUGUAGAAAUUUAUAUAAGUUUUAAAUGGAAUGACCGAGACUGUCGAGCUACCUUGAAAUAUAUUUGUGAAAAGAAACUUAAGCUUACAUGACUAUUGAAAAUGAAAAAGUUCUUUUCACUUAAUCCGAAUUAAUCAUACAGCAUAUAAUCUUUUGUAAAGUAUUUGUAAAUGAGAUACACAAAUGAUUUCAUUGAAACUUAAUAACUGAAAAAAGUAUAUAUAGAGAUAACGUAUAAAUAUAUAU